AUGGCUUCAGCUACUGCGCAGCGUCGUCUUCUUCAGGAAUAUCGCGCCCUUACAAAUAACCCACCAGACGGUAUUACUGCAGGUCCGGUGACAGAAGAUGACUUACUUUGCUGGGAGGCUUUAAUAGAAGGGCCAGAGGGUACGCCGUUCGAAGGGGGAGUGUUCGCUGCCGAGUUGCAGUUUCCCAAAGACUAUCCACUUUCUCCGCCGAGUAUGAGGUUUCUUGGGGAAGUUUGGCACCCCAAUGUCUACCCCAGCGGUCUUGUCUGUAUAUCUAUUCUCCACCCGGCUGGAGACGAUCCGAACCACUAUGAACAUGCAUCGGAGCGAUGGUCACCCAUACAAAGUGUCGAGAAAAUCUUAAUAAGUGUGAUGAGUAUGUUAGCGGAACCAAAUGAUGAGAGUCCAGCAAACGUGGAAGCUGCCAAGCAAUGGAGAGAGAACAGGGCGGAAUAUGAACAGAAGGUUCGCGACGGAUGUAGGAGAAUGCUAGGAUUGUAA